AUUGGAAAUACCAGCACGAAGAGAACCGUCCAGUUCUAUCCAAAGUGCGGGCGAGAAGGUCUCAAUGGGAAGAUAGAAGUGGAGAUGGGUAUAAGACAGCCUGCCCUCCCGCCUCCUUCACUCCCCCAGCUCCUACAUCCAGACACCACAUCAUCGUUCACAUCAUACACCGUUACACCUGCCAAAAAAGCACCUUCUAUCCAUAAUUGAACCAUACCAAACAUCCCAACCAACAUGACCAAACUCCUCACAGUAUUCGGCGCCACCGGCGUCCAAGGCGGCUCCGUCAUCCGCGCCGUGCUCGCCGACUCGACCCUGUCCAAGACAUUCAAGAUCCGCGCCGUCACCCGCGACGUCUCCAAGCCCGCCGCUCAGGCCCUUGCACAGCAGGGCAUCGAGGUCACGGCCGCCGACAUGGGCUCCCGGUCCUCGGUCGACGCCGCCGUUCAGGGCACGCACACGCUCUUCCUGGUUACGCUGCCCGACAUGAUGACGGGCGCGCCCGCGGGCACCGAGACCGCGCAAGGCAAGACGGUGGCCGACGCCGCCAAGGCCGCGGGCGUGCAGCACCUGAUCUUCUCGUCGCUCAUCGACGUCACCAAGGCCUCGGGCGGCAAGCUCCCGCACGUGCACCACUUCGACAGCAAGGCCCGCGUCGAGGACUACAUCCGCGCCCAGGGCAUCCCCGCCACCUUCCUCCAGCCGGGCUACUACAUGACCAACUUCACCAACCUGGGCCUGCUCCGCAAGGGUGACGACGGCUCCUACACGCUUGCCGGCCCGACGGGUGCCACCAAGGCCCAGCUGCCGCUGAUCUUCACCGAGGACGAUAUGGGAAAAUACUUCAUCGCCAUAGCCAAGCAGCCCCUCUCCAAGAUACUCAACAAAACCAUCCCCGCCGCAGCCGACUACUACACGCCGCAGCGCAUCAUGGACGAGUUCACGGCCGUGACAGGCCACAGGGGCCAGUACGUGCAGCUGGACCACGGCGUGUACAAGGGCUUCCUGCCGCCGCCGAUCGCGCAGGAGAUCCUGGAGAAUGAGCUGCUGUGCGAGCACCCGGGCUUCUUCGCGGGCGCGUCGCUGACCGAUGGCCACGAGCUGCUCGCCGAGGUGGGACUGAAGGUGACUACCUGGAAGGAGUAUCUUGAGGCGAGGAAGGGGCAGUUUGAGUGAGAGUAAAAAAUCAAGUUGGAUACUGAGGGAGGGAUGAGAAAGAGAGAUUGGGAAUCUUGUGCUUACCCUAGAAGAGGUUCUGGUUCUCUAGG